AUGGCAACCGAGCUGGGGAGAGUUCAUUGCUUGUGCGUCGCAGUACUCCUGCUUCUAGUUUCUGCUGCUGCUGAUGGUAGAGAUGUGGAGGAAGCUCACUUACGUCAAUUCAAUGGCACCAUUGGGCAGAUGCAUGAAGCGGAGGAGUGGUCAUUGGGAUCAGAGACAGGAAGGAGGAUCCUCCAGUCUACACAGACCUCCAUAAGCUACGGAGCUCUGCAGAAGGAUAGGGUGCCAUUGCAGGCUCCCCAACCUGGAAAUGCAUACACCCGCGGGUGCCAAGCCCAGUACUACUGCAAGAGUUGA